AUGUCUGCCCUUCUGCAAGAGGCUGCGCGCAUCGCGAGCGAGUUCGAAUACUCGGCCGAGGAAGUCCAGCGAGGAGUGAAGGAGUACAUUAGGGAGAUAGAAGAAGGCCUGUCUGAGGAAGGCGCAACUUUGAGCCAGAUCCCCACAUUUGUGACGUCCGUGCCAAAUGGAACUGAAAAGGGCCUGUACCUGGCUGUAGACCUGGGAGGUACCAACUUCCGAGUGUGUUCUAUCGACUUGCACGGCAACAAUACCUUCUCCGCCACACAGUCAAAAAUCAUGAUUCCCCGCGAAUUGAUGACGUCAGGGUCGUCAAAGGAGCUCUUCUUAUUUCUGGCACGCCAGAUCGAAUCCUUCCUGCGCAUCCACCACAAUGAGCACUUCGAGGCUCACCUGAAACGAAAGAUCGCGGCGAAGGAAGAGGAUUUGUUCGAUUUGGGCUUCACAUUCAGUUUUCCAGUACGCCAAUUGGGGAUCAACAAAGGUACGCUGAUUCGCUGGACGAAGGGCUUUGAUAUCCCCGAUGCGGUAGGCCAGGACGUCUGUGCGCUCCUGCAAAAUGCCAUUGAUGAACUGAAUCUUCCUGUGCGCGUGGCGGCUCUUGUGAACGACACCGUCGGUACACUGAUGGCCCGUUCGUACACAUCCCCCGGCGAAACCGGGACGUUCCUCGGCGCUAUCUUCGGAACGGGCACAAACGGAGCGUAUGUCGAGAAGCUGGAGAGGGUCACUAAGAUGGAUAAAAUCGAGCACUCUGACUAUGAUAAAUCAACGGGCGAGAUGAUCAUCAACGCGGAAUGGGGUAGUUUUGACAACCACCUGAGCGUUCUGCCGAAUACCAAAUACGAUCAGCAACUAGAUGCGGAUAGCAACAACCCCGGAAUCCAAAUGUUCGAGAAGCGUGUUUCGGGCAUGUUCCUGGGCGAGAUCCUGCGACUGGUCUUGCUUGAUCUGCAUAAGAACGAGUCGCUAGGGCUUUUCAAACCCAAGAACGGAUCCGAUGUCUCUAUCCCUGAGUCUUCUUCGUUCUACCGACAGUGGGGUAUUGAUACUAGCCUCCUGAGCUUGGUCGAGGCCGACAAGACAAAGAACUUUGAGCAGAUCAAGGUCGCGUUGAAGGAUCACUUGAAGAUUGAACGCCCAAGUGACGAUGACUGCAAGGCAGUCCAGGCCGUGGUCCACGCUAUUGGUAAGCGUGCUGCUCGCCUGAGCGCCGUCCCCCUCGCCGCCAUCCUCAUUUCCACCGGAAAAUUGAAGACCGAUGACCUGGUAGAUAUUGGUGUCGAUGGUAGUCUUGUUGAGUUUUACCCCAAUUUUGAAGGGUACAUGAGAGAAGCCCUUCGCACAGUGCCGGAGGUAGGCGCUCCCGGUGACAAAAAGGUACGGAUCGGCAUUUCCAAGGAUGGCAGCGGGGUUGGUGCGGCCUUGAUUGCGCUCGUUGCUAGUAAGGAGGGCACCAAGCGGCCGCUAUGA